GCUGUUAGCGCCACCUGUAAAGUUGCACAACUCAACUGUUUGCAAGAAGCUUGUCGAAAUUUUUUGCUUGUGUAGUUUGUCGUGCUAAUCUCGAAUUAAAAUUGUAUGCGUUUUCAAGCAAGAUUGGAGUUCGCUGCUAGUUUAUUAAACCAACAGACAGAAAGAGGAAGACAGAUAGAAAACGAAACAGCAAAACUUGUGAUAAUCCCAAGGAAUUACUGUACUUACCUACAAUUUUCCCCGGGCGUUUCAUCGUACCAAAUGGUAUACACCAACGCACAUAAAAUUUACUUUGAAAGUAGCGCCACCUAGGCCCAAAUAGCGUGCCAAUGCAGGACAAUAUUAAUAAGGGGGCAUACCUUGCUGCUGACUACACGACUCAGGGGUUUCAACAAGAAAGUGGAAAUUAUUUUGUACACAAAAACCAAUAUCAGCCUCAGGGGCCGGUGUUUUAUGCCCAGCACCCCGCUAACCAGAGUGAAGUACCCCAGCAGUACGUUGGCUACCAGAAUUAUGACAGUGAUGUGAGAAGUCGACAGGGAUGGGAACAAGAUCAUCAGGCUCAUCACAGUGGAAGCUAUGAUACUAGCCAGUACUAUCCAUAUACACCGGAAUAUCAGUCUCACCAAGGUGAUUCCAGUAGCUACAGGGGGAAUCAAAGACAACGUGGGAGGCUGCAGCAACAGAAGAGAGGAGGGUUGAGCCACCAUGGCAGAAGAGGUCAGGGACAGCAUCAACAGAGCAGAGGCGGCCACAGUGACCAGAGGCGAAACCACCAGUCAGCAAGGUCGAGAGAAGAUGCCACACCUGCUAACGAGAGAGACACGACCGAAGCUGUUGCUGCCCUGCAGAUAGACGAUGGCGUUUCGGGUUAUACUCAUACAGAGAGGCAGUCCUUUCUUGAUUAUAUGAACAGCGAUCUGCUUGACGAGAACUAUGCUACUACCAAGAACACCGCACCUGACAAAGCCGAAGAGGCAUGCAUUAAAGAGAAAACCAAAAGUAGAGAGAAGUCACGGACGACAAGACCAGACAAAGAUGCAAUUCGUAAGACCGACACCCACCAGAGAAAUGGUGCAUUUCAAUCAUUUCAGGAGAGGGGUAAUAGUGUUGGGAAAAAUAAAUUUGCAUCUUCAGCAGAGAAGCAACGAGAAGCCAGCAGAGGAGGUGCUCGACAAAAGCAAGGGGAAACUCGCUUCACCCAAGACAGGGGAUAUGCACACGAAAAGACUUACCAGGAAAGGAGACACCAGUAUGAGAAGGUCGGAAGAAACCAGGAGAGAUUCCGCCAAGAUAGAUCAAUAGAUGUUCGCCCUGCAGGUAAAAGUAGUGGCGAUCGAGGCAGGUUGCUGCGUGCAUUGGAGCUGGGUGACGAAUCGCACGACAACAAGAUUUGGACGCCGAGGGGCGUAGCGCCCAGAAACAGGAGCCAAGAUGCGAGGCUCAACACUCAGACGUCACCCGAUGCGCCACCGUCUACCAGCGACGACGCAGCGCGCGACGACCCCUCCCAGAUGGGGAUGCUCACCGAGCAGCUGACGCGUGGCACGUACGAGUGCAUGGUGUGCUGCGAGCGCGUGUGGCAGUCGGCGGCCAUCUGGAGCUGCGCCGAGUGCUACCACGUCUUCCACCUGCGGUGCGUGCGUCGCUGGGCGCAGUCGGCUGCGUCCGGCAGCUCGGGAGUCAGCGGCUGGCGCUGCCCCGCGUGCCAGAACACGAGCGAGGCGGUGCCGUCCGUCUACCGCUGCUUCUGCGGCCGCGCGACGGAGCCCGUGUGGAACCGCCGCGACGCGCCGCACACGUGCGGCGAGCCGUGCAGCAAGCGGCGCGGCGGCGGCUGCCCACACCCGUGCGGCAUCCUCUGUCACCCGGGGCCCUGCCCUCCGUGCGGCGCUGUUGUGACGAAAUCCUGCCUCUGCGGCAAGCGGACGCAGACGACGCGCUGCGGCCAGCAGGUGGACGUGCGCUGCGAGGAGGCGUGCGGAUGCACGCUGGACUGCGUCGUGCACGCGUGCGUGGCCGCGUGCCACGCGCCUCCAUGCGAGCCGUGCGCCGAGACGCGACGGCAGGCGUGCCACUGCGGCGCGACGACACGUGACGUGCGCUGCGGCUCGCAGCCGACCGACGCCGCGACGGGAGAGCCAGCACCCUUCGCCUGCGGGCAGACGUGCGGACGCGACCUCGCGUGCGGCAACCACACAUGCGAACGCGCGUGCCACCCCGGCGCGUGCGACGACUGCACGCUGACGCCGGCCAAUCAGACGCGCUGUCCGUGUGGGCAGCGCCCCCUAGUGGAGCUCGAGGCACCGGCACGCACGAGCUGCCUCGACGCGGUGGCAACCUGUGGGCAGGUGUGCGGGAAGCCACUGCUGUGCGGCCCCGAGGGGAAGCGCCACCGGUGCGGGGCCGCCUGCCACGAGGGGGCGUGCGCGGCAUGCGACAAGAGCACCUCGGUGCGUUGCCACUGCGGGGCGCUGGAGAAGGAGGUGCCGUGCCGAGAGCUGGCGGUGCUCGUGGGGGAGAAGCGGCUGCUCUGCAACAAGCGAUGUAAGAAGAAGCUUGACUGUGGCCGGCACAAGUGCAUCAAGCACUGCUGCACUGACGAGCAGCACAAAUGCGAGCAGGUGUGCAACCGGAAACUGCCGUGCGGCCUGCACAGCUGCGAGGAGUCGUGUCACCGUGGCAACUGCCCGUCGUGCUGGCACGCUAGCUUCGACGAGCUGCGGUGUCACUGCGGCGUGGCGGUGAUCUACCCGCCUGUGGCGUGCGGCACCACGCCGCCGGAGUGCGCGCGGCCAUGCUCGCGACAGCACGACUGCGAGCACGCCGUCAUGCACCCGUGCCACGCCGACGCGCGCUGCCCACCCUGCACGCACCUCACCAUCAAGUGGUGCAACGGCGGGCACGAGCAGCGCCACCACAUCGCAUGCCACGUGACGAACGUGUCGUGCGGGCGGCCGUGCGCGAAGCCGCUGCCGUGCGGCUGCCACACGUGCCUGCGCACGUGCCACGCGGGCGUCUGCCGCGCCGGCGACGCCGCGCCGUGCGCGCAGCCGUGCGCCGAGUCACGCGACGACUGCGGCCACGCGUGCGCGGCGCCCUGCCACGCCGGCGCCCCCUGCGCGAAGACGCCGUGCCGGCAGAGCGUCGAGAUGAGGUGCGUGUGCAAGACGCGCGUCGAGCGUCUGCCUUGCUGGAAACGCCGCAGCCUCGCGUCCAAGAUGGCGGCGUCGCUGCUCGGCGCGCGGGUCAGCGAGAUGCAGGCGGGCGAGGCGGUGAGUAUCGACAGCAUGCUGAGCGCGAGGCAGCGCGGCGAGGUGCUCGAGUGCAACGAGGAGUGCGCGCUGAUCGAGCGAAAUCGCCGCGUGGCGCUCGCGCUGCAGAUCGUCAACCCGGAGCUGACGAACAGGCUCGGCAACCCGAGCUACUCGCCGUUCCUGCGCGAGUUUGCGAAGAAGAACCUCGCGAUCGCGGCGGCCGUCGAGCGGCAGCUCACCGAGCUCGUGCAGGAGGCGAAGAAGUCGAAGCUGAAGCAGAAGAGCUUCUCGUUUCCCGUGAUGAACCGCGAGCAGCGCCACCUGGUGAACGAGCUCGCGGAGUACUACGGCUGCGCGACGGUCAGCUACGACGUCGAGCCGAAGAAGAACGUCGUUGCGACGGCCGAGCGCGACAAGUGCUUCAUGCCGUCCGUGUCGCUGGUGGCGCUAGCGCAGCGCGAGAUGCAUGGCCCCAAGUGCCCGAUGCCGAUCCCGCACAACGCGACCGCCGCCGACAAGAUCGACCAGCUGAAGGCGGCGGCGAAGGCGGCCAAUCAGAGCACGGCGAUCAUGGGCGCGACGUCGGGCGAGAUCACCGACUAUUUCGACAUGACUUAGAAUUGUGCGUCGCAGAGAGCGAUUCGGGCGGGAUACGCGCGCACGCGUUGUGGUGGUGAUGAUAGACUAGGUGGGAGCGGGUGGGGGGUGGUAGGCCAAACGGAAAUGUUAGCGUGUGUUAAAACUCAGCGAACAAACGUGCGGUUACGUUUGUCGUCGUCUGCACGUUCUAGGUUGGAAGCUUUUUUUAGCCGGAUAGGUUUUUCACUUGAAUUAGAAGGUACAAGCGUGAGUGUUUGCAUCUAUUUGAUAAUACGUCUGCUGUAAUUGGCCGUAGUAAAGCAGUGGUUAACGUGGCAGUGUUGUAGAAAGAACUACGCUACUUCGGUUCUGGGUAUUGGCUUAUGUUGUGAUGUAUGAGUGUGCAUGUGAUGCGAGUACGUUACAAGCGUGGUAACGAGUUUGCAGUGACAAGUUUGAUGUAGCAGAUUGCGAAGCAUGGCAACUUUAGUGGAAAUGAGUAGCUAUAGAAGAAGAAUCACUAUACAAUUGAAUUUUCGAGAAUAGCGUGUCAUGUGUGCAUAGGACAAUAUGCAUAGUGUGUUUUUCUGGUUCUGAAUGAAUCUAUCGCAUCUCAGAUAAUAAUUGGCAGUGUUUGGCAACAAAUCGAGGAUUGUUCAGUUAUGAUGAAAUAUCUUGAAGACUAUUUCCAAUACCUCUACAUUUAGAGAGCUGCAUGGGCAUAUGAAAUGUUGUUGCUUUUAUGAAUAAAAACUGGAUAAGAUACCGUG